GAAAAAAGAAACAUCGAAGUGAACGACACCAACGACGAAGAAAAAAAGAACAUCGAAAUAGACGACACCAACGACGAAGAAAAAAAGAAACAUCGAAGUGAACGACACCAACGACGAAGAAAAAAAGAACAUCGAAAUAGACGACACCAACGACGAAGAAAAAAAGAAACAUCGAAGUGA